AUGUUAUCUGCCGAAGAAAAGAGCAAGUUAGCCAACAUGGACCUUUAUGACAUGACCAUUGACCAACAAAAGGACUUAUACGCUGAUGACCACAUCUUAGUUCCAUACUUCAACAAUUUAGCUACUAGAACAAGAAACGCUGUCUCUAACGGUUACUUAUUACCAAAGGAGUUGGUUGAAGAAAGAGAAGCUCAAAAGAAGGCUGCUGCCAACAAGGCUUGA